AUGAGGGCUGCGUUGCUGUUGCUGCUGUUAGUCACUCUCAUCGCCAUUAAAUCUGUAGAUGGAGGGAAAAACAAGAAAGAGAAAAACAAACCCUCCCAGCCCAGGUCAGAAUGCACUGACUGGCGCUAUGGAAACUGUGUCCCUAGCAACGGGGAAUGUGGGCCAGGGUUUAGAGAGGGGUCAUGUGACCAGCAGACCAGGAAGAUGAAAUGUAAAGUACCAUGCAACUGGAGAAAAGACUUUGGAGCUGACUGCAAGUAUCGCUUUGGCAAUUGGGGAGAGUGUGAUCCAACCUCUAGCUUGCGGACCAGAACAGGGACAUUGAAGAGGGUUCUGUUUCAUGCAGAGUGUCAACAGACUAUUUCUGUCUCCAAACCCUGCCUCGGAAAAACCAAGACAAAAAACAAAGGAAGGAAGAGAAAAGGCAAAGGGAAGUAGAAUACAGGCUGAAGAGAGCAGUCUCCGGUGACAUAGAAGAGUGUUAAAAGUCAAAGAAGAAAUAGAAUUAAAACGAUUGCCUGAACCA